AUGAGUCAACAGGAACCAUAUGAAUGGGCUAAACGUCUAUUGGACACCAAAUAUAUUGAAAAAUACAGCAUUCAAAAUUCAAACACAUUACCUUCGCCACCAGGAUUUGAAGGCGGUGCUUCCAAAGGGAAUAUUUCAAAGAAACAACAAGAUGCUGUCUCGCAAACCACUACUGUAGCUCGAAAGAACCAAAUAACAACAUUGCAAGUACAGAAAGCAUGGCAAAUUGCUUUACAACCAGCCAAAUCUAUUCCAAUGAAUAUUUUCAUGUCAUAUAUGUCUGGUACAUCUUUACAAAUCAUCCCCAUAAUGACCGCCCUUAUGUUACUUUCCGGGCCCAUCAAGGCCAUUUUAUCGACCAGAAGUGCAUUCAAACCAGUAUCAGGCAACAAAGAGACUCAAAGUCAAGUGCAAACUGCAAUGUUCAUGUUUAUCGCUUUCCAGGGUGUUUUAAUGUACAUCGGUUACAGGAAAUUGAAUUCUAUGGGACUCAUCCCCAAUGCUAAAAGCGACUGGCUACCUUGGGAAAAAGUUGUUCAUUACAAUCAUGGAUCACAAUGGUUUUCCGAUUGA